ACUCACGCACUCCUCAGACUCAGUCGCCACAGUCCAGCCGUCCAGUCACACCUCAAUCGCCGCCCAGUUCACGUCGUCAACAUGGCUUGCAAACGGGCGAACAGCCCGCGCUCCGGAGCGUCUCUCUCUCUCAACAUGGCUUGUCCACCAGCAAUUCGGGUCAAGACUGAUGUGUUUCACCAUGCCCCACCUCUGCGCUCGAUCUUGAAAUCAAAGAACAUGCAGCAGAUGCCAGAUGAGGUUUUGGCGAGGGUGAUGGAAAACUUGGACGUAGAGCAGCUUUUCACCUGCCGGCUUGUCUGCAAGAGGUUUCGCGACUUCGUCCGCCACCCGGCCGUGUGGAGGUCGAGAGACAUUGACGCCUCCAGCCCCGUCCUCGGCCUGGCCCCCCUGGUGCAGUUGAUGAGGUGCGAGGUGAAGCACUUGGAGAGCCGGCCGAGCCAGCCGCCGCCGUACGCGACCACGGGGUGCGCCGCCGAGGAGCUGGAGCUCGACGUCCACGAGGACGCCUGCGUGCUGGCGGCGCUCGUGGUCCGCAACCAGGAGAAGCUCGGCCGGCUACGGUGCGUACAGGUACGCUACUCGCCCUGCGACGUCGGCGCGCCCAUCAUGCUGGAGACCCUGUUGUCGACGGCUGGCCUGGAGAAGCUCGUCGUGAGGCAGACCCUGGCUCCCUCCUCCACACCCAGCACGGCGGACGGCCCCGUGCUCUACAAGAAGGUGACGUGCGCGCCGUCCUUGGUGUCCUUUGAUUGCGAGCUGUUCACACGGGAGUCGGAGGACUUCUGCAAGAUCAUCCUCGGGGGUCACGCCGCCACCCUCGAGGAGGUGAAUUUGUGUGGGGAUUGUGACUCGUUCUACUACCUCACCCUCAAGUCCAACAUCAGCUCCUCGUCAGCGCUGGCCCCUCUGCUCGCCGCCUGCCCCAAGCUCCGCUCGCUCAAGUCCCCCUUGCUCCCCGGGAUGGCCGCCGUCGCGGCGUGCAGCUCGCUGAGAGCGGUGCACUUCCCCGUCAGCGAAGAUAUGCGGCAUGCGGUCCAGGACGCCGCCGACCUCCUGAGCCGCGCCACGCAAGUGCGGGAAGUCACCCUGGACUACGUGAGCUGGGCGUCGCCCGAGGUCGACGUGGGGCUGAUUCGGAACAUGGGGCCGUCCGUGGAGUCCCUGACAAUCAGAGACGUGAGGGACUGUGGCCUGCGACAGCCCCUCGAGCGCCAGCGCGAGGACCGCCUCAAGUCGCUGCCCCGCGCCCUGCCCAACCUACCAACUCUUCGGCGCCUCGCGGUAUCGGUGGCGUCCUGGUACGACGAGCUGGACGAGCUGCUGUUGGGCCUUAGUCCAGAUAGUGCCCCGGCCCUGCGGACCCUUGUCCUCGAGGAGUACUACAACCUGGCGUCGCACGCCUGCGCUCACGCCUGGGUACACAGGGACUCAGUGAGAAAAGUACUCAGAGCCAACCCCACGUUAAGAGUAAGUGUACCUAACUUACCAAAGUGCUGUCCUGAAGGAGAAGCAUGCAGUGAGUGUGACCGCUGUGAUUUCUCAAAAUCAUCUGAAUGUCAGAAGUUAUCUGCUCGUGUUUUGACAUUUAAAAUUUAGUCAAUUUGAUUUUCAUUAAUAAUACCUUGCUUUGCACUUUUUAAUCGUGGUCCAGAAACCUAGUCGCUUAUGUGUUAUUUUGUCAGUGAUUUGUUUUAUAUUGUGAUUAUGCCACAGUUGCGUGUACUCUUAGAUCAUAUUGUUGCUCCCUGGGUUAAAAAAAUGUGUCAAACGUCUCAGACAGCGGAAUGACCGAGUUUCUCUGCUUGUUAAUCAUGCAAGUAAGUCUGCCGUCUCAGUAUUUUCUCUAUAUUUUAGAUGUUUGUUCACUUUAUUCUGUAUUGAAUUUUAUCAGUUGUUAUUUUAUACCUUUCACUUAUAGAUUAUGAAUAAAUAUAUUUUAUGAAUUUUA